AUGAGAAACGGAAAGUUAGUAGGACUUGGACGCACAAGUAGUGGAAUGUCGAUUCUUGGCAUCCUACUUCAGGUGAUUCUUAGUUAUAUUGCACCAUCCAGUGGAGAUCCAUACUGCAAUGAGCCGUUGGUGAUCUCGGAGAGUUCGACCUUUCAAUCGCCCUCAAGACGGGGGUCAAAUUAUCAGCCUUCAAAUGGAAAACUUUUCAACUCAAAUGUAUGGUGUGCCGCUGAGCCUGCCGCUGACCAGUACUUACAGGUUAACUUUAAAAGCGUAAAGAUGAUUGAAUCCAUUGCAAUUCAAGGCAACCCGAAUGAAAAUGAAUUCGUCAAGUAUUUCACUUUAAGGUAUUCACAUGACAAUGUGAAAUGGCUGUGGUACGAAGAACCAAAAGGAAUUGGGCGUGUGUUCAAAGGAAGCGUAAACAGAGAAUUGGUUGCAAGGAAUACAUUGGAAAGGGUUCUUGCUGCACAAUAUGUCCGCUUUUAUCCCAAAACUUGGUACGGCAGUGUUUGUAUGAGAGUGGAGCUUUAUGGAUGUGAAGCAAAUCCUUUCACGCCGCUUGGUAUGGCUAAUGGUGAAAUCCAAAAUGGAGCAAUAAAGGCUUCUUCGCAUCAUGCAUCCCCACACCUCCCCCCUCAUUACGGUCGUCUCCAUGGUAUUAUCCUAGAAGGGUAUCAGGCCUGGGGAAGCGCUCAUGAUCAAGUUAACCAAGAACAAUGGUUAGAAAUCGGUUUGAUUGAUAUAAAGUGGAUCUCGGGGGUGGCCACACAAGGUCGACAUAAUGUAGCACAGUGGGUUACUUCCUAUUCGCUAAUAUACGGCAACAGCCAUGGGCAAUGGACCACUUAUAAACAUGAUGGAAGCAACAAGUUGAUUGGUAAUAACGAUGCAGACACUGUAGUACGUCAUCAGAUCAUCCCAGCAAUCUUUGCGCGUUACGUUAGGUUCGUGCCCGUCACGUGGCAUUCCCAUAUAUCAAUGMGAGUCGAGGUGUAUACAUUUGGAAAAGCUUCUCCUGCCGAUCUUGGAAUUGACUUUGAGCGUCAAGAAAUGCCGAACAGUGGAUUAACAGCAUCAUCGAGCUGGACAGGUCGACAACCAUAUAUGGCACGGCUUAAUUACCCCGGGAUAUACCCAUGGUGCAGCAACCACACGAAUCAUAAUCUUCGCCACGAAUGGCUCCAAUUUGAUUUUGGUUGCGUGAUGCUUGUCACGGGUAUUGUCACGCAAGGUGCAAGAAAUGGAGGCACAGAAAGGAAGGUCACACGAUACCAGGUGUCAUUUAGCGAAGAUAACAAAACAUGGAGAUUUUAUUUAGAUGAAAAAACUCAUCAGAAUAAGACGUUUGAAGGAAACAAAGAUAUCAGUGGGUAUGUAACCCAUCACUUCCGUGACGACAUUGAGGCUCAAUAUCUCAGGAUUCACAUCAUGGCUUAUGAGCCCACUGGCUCGGUACCCUGCAUGAGAGCGUCGGUUCUCGGACGAAGAAAUGGACCCCUGUGUGCCCCAGUCUUCAUGGAUUCCAGUCCAUCUGUCGUCAUUGGUUACGAAGGUGAUAACGUCACUCUGAACUGCAAUGCUAUUGGUGCAUUAACUAUGAAGUUUAAUUGGUACUUUAAGAAAAAUAAGAUGAAUAAUGCACCCAAGGUAUAUGUCUACAAUAAAGUAACGAAGCAAAGAGCUGGCAAACACACUUGUCAGGUUUCCAAUUCAGUACAAGCUAGCGAAAAAGUAGUUUAUCUGAAAAUAAAAGACUCAACAGCGGUUUGUGAAGACUACAGAACUCUGUACGUAGCCAAUGCAUUAAAAUCUGUAGAAACAAAGGCAAACGACCAAAAUCUCAAUCACGAGAUCGAUGAAGAUGUGUGGUACAGAUUUAAAGACACUGAAGGCAAUGACUAUCGCCUAGCAACCACAUGUGUACCCCAAAACCACUGUGGCGCAGAAAUAACAG